GGUCGGUGCUCGAAAAUUGAGUGACCCUCUCAUCACUGAGCUGAAUUUUUUUUCCGUUGACGUUUGGAGAGUGACUGACAGCUGGUGUUCAAGAGUGUUGGUGAGUUGCAUCGGUCGGAAUUUAGCUGUUGCAUUCGGAAGCCAAACUUUACGUAGAAUUUCGUCGAAAGAAAUAAGCUGAAUCCGCUAUUUGGUUGGGUUCAAUUGCUGUUGCUGUUGCUGAAGUGGUUAGUUGUUGUUGCUGUUGUUGGACCUUUGCGCUGCUGGGAGAGGAUUGCUGAAGUUGUAAGUGUGCUGUUUAGCAUUGAUCAGUUCGGUUGGUUAUCCAAUUCGAGUGGCUGCAGCAUAAUUGCAGAGGAGUGUUUUGUUUUCGGGAACAACAUUUGAUUCAGCAAACAUGUCUUUGACCACUACAAUGGAUCCUUACAUCCCAGGAUCGAUACCUUUUGCGCAAUAUAUUGAGCAACUUGAAUGGAUUUUUAUUCACCACAACUAUAAGGAGGAGCAGUACAAAGCAUCCUUCCUUGCAAUUUGUGGGCAAGAAGUGUACUCUAAAUUGAAACUUUUAUUUCCUGGGAGAAACAUUAAAGAAAUUUCGUAUCAUGAGUUAACGGCUGAACUUACAAAAAGCUAUGACAAAAGUGAUUCUGAUGUAGUGCAUAGCUACAAUUUUUGGUCCCGUCGACAAGGAAAUAACGAAAAAAAUGUUGACUUUGUUUUGUCGGUGAAGUUUUUAGCCGAAUUAUGUAAUUUUGGAGAUUUUAAGCAGCGAGCGAUAAGGGACGUUUUGGUAAUGGGAAUCAAGGAUCCCAAAUUAAGGAAAAAACUUUUUGAUGAGGAAGAUUUGACAGCGGUUAAGGCUGAAAAAAUCAUAGUGAAUCAAGAGCUUGCUUGGGACAGAACUCAAAAAUUGGAAAAUUCAGAAACUAAUCGGGUCAGUGUAGUGGCCAGACUUGGACGUAAUAGGGAUUAUCAACCUAAUAAGUCGAGCUAUAGAUCGAGAAGUCGUAGUAGCAGUUUUAAUCGCUCAGCAUCCUUUAGUGAACCGAGAGACGAAAGAGGUAACAACAAGUUCAGAACUAAGCCGGUUUUUCUUUGUACUUUUUGUAACCGUAAGGGACAUACCAAGGCUUAUUGCUAUCGACGAAAGAACAAAAGUCCUCGGGUUCGUCGGUCUAGCGUAAAAUUUGUUGAUUCGCCUAAAUCUACUAGCUCUGGUCUUUUCAAAAGACUUAAAAAAGAUUUGCAAUCUGACAGUGAGGAAGAUUUGUCUUGCAUGAAAAUCGCUUCUAUAAACAAAAUUAAUGAACCAUGCUACAUUGAUGUUUUAGUGGAAAACAAGUUUAUAAAAAUGGAGUUAGAUUGUGGUUCAGCUGAGUCGGUAAUUUCUGAAAAGCAAUAUUUGAAAUAUUUCAAAUUUUUAUCUCUCAAGCAAUGUUCUAAGCGGUUGGUGGUCAUUGACGGUAAACGUCUCAACAUUUUGGGACGGGUUGAUGCUUUGGUUAUUUUAAAUGGUAGUCAGCACCGAUUAUCUUUAGUGAUCCUGCGUUGCGAUAAUGAUUUCGUUCCUCUGAUGGGCCGUUCUUGGAUGGACGUUUUUUAUGCUGGCUGGAGGGAUACUUUUAUCAAACCACAAAUGAGCGACGAGACUAUACAUGCCUUAAAGGAUAUGGAAAUGGUGGAAGAAAUAAAGAACGGCGAGACGCGACACUGGGAUUCGCGACACCCUUCCAAGGAUGUUUCGUUCUACGCCACACAAGGUACAAAUGUCCCUCAACGACCGAAGUCCACUGCACUACAGAACGGAAUCCAGAUCGAAAUCGAGCACCAGCUGAGAGGGCUACAACUGGCAUCAGCAUUCAGCAUCCGACAGCAGCAUCCCCCAGUAAUAUCAUCUCAGCGUACAAAUUUCACCCAAAGUGGCAGCACUUGUUCACUAGGAUCUUUCGCUUUCCCAAACCGGGAUGCUGCGGUGAGAGAUGAGAAUCAGCUGUGCGUGCGAGCGGUUGGAUACUCUUGGAUAAAAUCUCAUCCAUCCUGGCUCUCGAAGUAG